UCAAUUCCAAAUUUGCAUCACAAACCAAAGAAAAAGAUAGGUAGAAAAGAAGAAGAGAAAUCAUCAGAAUAAUCUGAGCUAGUACAAUUAAUUAAUUAGAUAGAUGGAGAUCAUUGGAAGCAGAAAGCUCAUGAUUUCAAUGGCGUUUCUCAUGGCUAUUAUUUUGUUGCACGGAGCUUCAACUGCGCAUGCCAAUGAGGUGCGACCGAAUCUCAACUACGAGACAUGCUUCAAGGAGUGUUUGUUCAUGGACGGGUGCAAAACACUAGGCCCCAAAGACUCCAAAAUGUGCACAUCACAGUGCAAGGAGAUGUGCCGUCACCAUCUCCGAGCCAGGGCCCCGUCUCCCUCUGUUGGUAAUCCUGGUCCGGCCUCUGUUCAUUCCAAUAGCGUCGUUUCAGGUUCUGAUGAUGUAGGAGAGAGAACUCUGAUGCAGUCUGGGAGGCUUUAAGAUUCUACAGAGAAUGUAAUGAACUGGGCAUUAUAAUAGCCAGAAAAUCAUAUAUUCAUCCUUUUAUAUAAAAAGGUCAGAAAAUCAUAUGAAACAACUCCUAUUUUAGCAAUCAAGUUGUAAUUGAUUGUGGGGAAUAAAUAAUAGAUUGUUCAUUUUUCUUUCGUCAGCAUAAAAAGCUGAGAGACUCUCUUAUUUGCCUAGUCUAUCAAUUGAUGGAGAAGGCUUUUGGUGAUCCGAUCUUGCUACAUGACGUGAGCGAUAAUUAAUAAAUGUAUGCCUUAAGAUCUGUGCACCGG